UCAUGGAGGAUCAGAAAGUUCAGACCUGCGACUUUUACAGAACGGAUCCAAACCUGCCGCACAGGUUCAACAACCCGGACUGUUUCCAUGGUUACAGUCAGAAAAUCAGUCACCCACUUUAUCGAACAUCUAACCAAACGUAUGGCAGCAAAACGCCGACUGUGCAUGAGAUCCAGACUGUGUUUAAAGCGAACUCCAGUCACUUCUCGGAGGCGAUGCUGCGGAGCGGGAUGUACCGUGAUCACGGCUUCAACACGUCUGUGGAGAGGAGCAGAGUGAUGGUUUCCACAGCAACCCAGCACAACAGAGUCAACCACCAUUGUUUCUGUCACUAUGGAAACCAAAGUACUGACCAUAAUGGAAACAAGUAACAAAACCGCCGACGUAUGUAAUCGAUAAUAAAAGAGUAAAGUAGAACCAUUGAUCGAUGGAUGAAUUAUAUAUUUAAUGGUUUCAUUCUCCCACAAUGCAUCUUUCCACCAUCAGUGCAUUUAAUAUCCAUUCCUCACUACAACAGGCCAGUGACAGCAGUGACACUGAGGUUUAACCAGAAGGUGGCAACAUUUCUCUUUCGUCAGCAGCAGCACUGACCUACUGUCGGUAUUUAUCUAAAAACAAAUAUUAACUUCAAGGGAAAUAGAAUCAAACUAUGUCUAACAUUAAAAUGAAAUAACAAUAACACAAACACAAACUCAAUGAACAAAUCCUCAAAAACAAACAAAUUAAAUAAAAGGAGGAGAUGUUCACUUAUUAGAUGUUCACUUAUUUAUUCCUCCCUCUUCACCAUUGCUUAUCAAUUUAAUUACUUUAAUACAUUUAGAUCUACAUAUUUUUUAUUUUACUUUAUUUAACAUUUAUUUAACCAGUAAAUCUUUGGAGCUUGAAAUGUCUUUUCUGAGGGAGUCCUGGCCAAGACAGCACACAGUUACAAUUUAAAUAGAAAUAAAAUCACUUGACAGAGAAAAUAAACACACAAGGAAAUAACUAAAUCCAGCUCAGCAGUAGCUUUUCUCAGUUA